AUGGAGGACCGUGUGACGGCAGAGACAACCUUUACUGAGGGUAAUGACGGUACAGUGAACAUCUCAGGUCCAUCAGGAAGCACAACCGUCGCAGGAGUCGACUUCGUGGAAGACCCAAACAAUUUACUUCCAGAUGUGCUAGAUGCAUUUGACAAAUCAUUUGACACUGAUUGGGACGACAUAGACGACCGCCUAAGUAAACUGAAGAAGUUCUCAACAGUUGAGAAGAAAAGAGACUUUGAAAACCAAGUGGAACAUGUUCAAGCUGUUGCAAGAGUUGUUCAGACAAAGGAGAAAUUAGUACUCAACCUUAGGAACAGAUAUGUCAGGGAACUAAUCAAGUGA